AUGCCAGGCCAACAGGGAAUGCACAACUUCAGUACAAUCCUGAAACGACUUGAAGCCGUAACAAGUCGCCUCGAGGAUGUAGCAGUCUCUUCCUCUUCACCAGCGCCCACAUCCUCCCUCAGGUCCCCCACAGCUGCAGCUCACGAGAACCUCGCACCUACCUCUUCAGCCGCUCCUCCACCGCCACCACCUCCGCCUCCUCCAGCUGAAGAAGCCGUCACUCCUGCUGUAAAAGCUUACCAAGAUGAGAUUAUCGAUGGAGCGCUGCAAGAAUUUAUUGAGAAGUCGAAUGAAUUGGGUGGUUUGGUUCAACAGCAUUCAUCCCUCCUUCCAGCACUUUGUGAAGCCCAACUACAAUUCCUCAAACUAGCUUCCAAUCAUUCCAAGCCUUCUACUCCUACUGCACUCGGUCCAUUACUCGAGCCCCAAGGUAAAGCUAUCCAAGCGAUCUUAGAGACCAAGGAGAAGCUCUCGAGAUCGAAGGAAGGUAGAGAUUGGAAUGUCUGUUUCAACGUCUUGGGUGAAGGUGUCCCCGCAUGGGGUUGGGUUCAGGUUGAACCUGCUCCAGCACCUUUCGUAGCUGAGAUGAAGAAUGCGGCUCAGUUCUGGUCCGAUCGAGUGGUCAAGCAGUACAAGGAUACUAAUCCUACCGCCGUCGCCUGGGCUAAAGCCUUCGCUCAAUUGUUGACCUCGCUUCAAGCCUACGUCAAGCAGUGGCACACCACCGGCGUAGCCUGGAACCCUAAAGGCUCUCCCGCACCAUCUUCGAUCCCUUCUGCAUCCUCCUCUUCCUCCGCCCCACCACCCCCCCCCACCUCCAGCCGCGGCGGAGCAGUCACAGCAGGACUCAAGAAAGUCGACGCAUCUCAGAUGACUCAUAAGAAUCCCGACCUUCGAUCAUCUUCGGUCGUUCCUGACAACGCUAGGAAAGCACCUCCUUUGAAACCUAAACCUGGAGCUGCGCCUGCCAAGAAACCUGCCAAAUUGGAACUGGAAGACGGUAACAAAUGGAUGAUCGAGUAUCAAGAGGAUAACAAGAACAUUGUGAUUGAUCAGACUGAGUUGCACCAAACGGUGCAUAUCUUCAAUUGCAAGAAUUCGGUAGUGAAGAUCUCAGGUAAAAUCAAUGCUGUGACUAUGGUCGGAUGCAAGAAGACCGCCGUGGUACUCGAUUCAGCCGUCUCCUCAUUGUCUAUAACAUCCUCGCCAUCAUUCGAAGUUCAAAUCACAGGUCAAAUCCCAACCAUCCAAGUGGAUACUACCGAUUCGGGACAGAUCUACCUCUCCAAAGAAUGCAUGAACACUGUCGAAAUUAUCACCUCGAAAACUUCUUCUUUGAAUAUAUCUGUACCUACAGGACAAGAUGGUGAUUUCGAAGAGAAACCUGUACCGGAACAGAUGAAAUCGAAGAUUGUGGGUGGGAAGUUGGUAACUGAGAUUAUCGAACAUGCUGGUUAG